UGCACGUUGGAAAAUUAAUAAAAAUGGAAAAUAUAGACCCGACAAAUUUAAACAAUGACCUUACUACAAAAAUUUUGUGCUGCGAAUGUGGAGUUGCCAUUGAACCGAAUCCAGCAAACAUGUGCGUUGCAUGUUUAAGAGGUCAAGUUGAUAUUACAGAAGGAAUUCCUAAACAGUGCACAUUAUAUUUUUGCCGUGGUUGUGAAAGAUAUUUACAUCCACCAGCUGAAUGGAUUGCUUGUGCAUUAGAAUCUAGGGAACUGCUUUCAUUGUGUCUUAAAAAAUUGAAAGGAUUAAAUCGUGUAAAAUUAGUUGAUGCAGGAUUUGUUUGGACUGAGCCACAUUCUAAAAGAAUUAAGGUAAAACUUACGGUGCAUGGUGAAGUAAUGGGUGGGACAGUGCUUCAGCAAGUCUUUGUUGUUGAAUAUGUUGUUAAUCAUCAUAUGUGUGAUGAUUGCCACCGCUCAGAAGCACAAAAUUAUUGGAGAGCGUCUGUGCAAGUCCGACAGAAAUCUGAAAAUAAAAAAACAUUUUAUUAUUUGGAACAAUUGAUACUUAAACACAGAGCGCACGAAAAUACACUUGGUAUCAAACCAAUUAGUGAUGGUCUUGAUUUCUACUAUGCUACAGAGGGUCAUGCCAGAAAAAUGGUAGACUUUUUGAACUGUGUUCUACCCUGCAAAUAUCAGCAUUCUAAAAAAUUAAUUUCACAUGACAUUCACAGUAAUAUUUACAAUUAUAAAUUUACGUAUUCUGUGGAUAUUGUACCAAUUUCCAAAGACAGUGUUGUAUGUCUACCGAAAAAGCUAACUCAACAACUUGGUGGUAUUGCACCAAUAUGUUUAGUUUACAGAGUAACAAAUACUCUGCAUUUGAUUGAUCCAAUGUCUGCUCAAAUUGCUGAAGUUUCUAGUACAGUAUUUUGGAGACAACCUUUUGAUAGCAUAUGUAAUCCUAAACAAUUGACAGAGUAUAUUAUUAUGGACAUUGAAAUUAUUGCAGAUAAGGACAGAAAAACUUUUCCAGGGCAAGGUGCCAUUUCAUCAAAGCAUAUCCUUGCAGAUGCCUGGAUUGUGAAAGCUUCUGAAAUUGGAAUAAACGAUAAUAAUAUACACACAAGAACUCAUUUAGGUCAUUUACUAAAGCCUGGAGAUUCAGUCCUAGCUUACAAUUUGCAAGAUUCUAAUGUUAAUAAUUCGAGUUUUGAUAAACUUGAUCGAGCUAAUGUUCCUGAUGUCAUUAUAGUCAAAAAGCAUUAUGGUGAGAGAUCUGCUAGAAAAAGGGCCAGAAUGUGGAAACUUAAACAUUUAGCUCAGGAAAUUACUGAACUAGAUACAGGCAACAUGGACUAUCAUGAAUUUUUAGAUGACUUAGAAGAAGAUCCUGUAAUGAGACAAAAUAUAAAUAUUUUCCGGGACAAAACAAUUCCAGUGGAUGUAGAUGAUAUGGAUGAUCCAUCAGUACCUAGGAUAACAUUAGAAGAAAUGCUUGACGAUCUUGAUAUACAAGAUGUUGAAAUGGGAGAAUAAACUAUUUAUUGUUUGUAUAUAAAGUUCUAAAGUUAUUUAACAAUUAUAUUAUAUUCUUGUUAUUGCUUUUCACAAUAAAUGUAAU